UCAGUUAGUGGUGGGAGAAUGGUGAAAAUGAACCACAACGAGUCGGCUAGGUACCGCCAGUAUAUACUUUCUAAUCGCCGCGAUCGGACUUGAUAACGAUUAGCGUUGAAUUAAGUUCCCGAGCAAUGUCGUACGAAGAGUUGCGAACGCGUUUGUCGCUUCACGGCCAGGAACAUUUGAUCAAAUACUGGCCGGAACUGGCCGAAAAUGAGCGCGAACAACUGGCCAACGAGAUCAACAAGCUGGAUUUGGUUGAAAUGAACGAAAUAUUCCAUCGGGCGAUGGAGUCGACAACAGUGAUAUCAGAGAUAAUCGACGACGAACUGAAGCCGAUACCACAAGCGCACUACGAAUCCGUACCCAGCUUGACAGAGUCCAAAAUCCAGGAGUACGAAAACAUUGGUUUCAAGGAGAUAUCUGAUAGUAAAGUCGGUGUUUUGCUGUUAGCUGGUGGACAGGCUACUAGACUUGGUUUUGGCCAUCCUAAAGGCAUGUACAAUGUUGGGUUGCCAUCUAAGAAAACGUUGUUCCAAAUUCAAGCAGAGAGAAUCGUCAGAGUGCAGGAAAUGGCUGAGGAACACACGGGAAAGUCAGGUAACAUAACUUGGUAUAUCAUGACUUCCGAACACACAAGAGCUCCUACUGCAGACUUCUUCAAAAGCCACAACUACUUUGGUUUGAACGAAGAGAACGUUGUCUUUUUCGAACAGGGUCGCUUACCGUGCUUCGAUUUUGACGGAAGAAUUUUACUAGAUGAAAAAUAUCAUCUGUCUACUGCCCCGGAUGGUAAUGGAGGUAUUUACAGAUCGUUAAAAAACCAAGGUGUGUUGGAGGAUAUGGCGAAACGUGGCGUUAAGCAUUUGCAUGCUCAUUCUGUUGAUAACAUCUUGAUCAAAGUCGCUGAUCCAGUUUUCAUUGGCUACUGUAAAACAAAGAAUGCGGAUUGCGCAGCUAAAGUCGUGAGGAAAUCGUCUCCGAGCGAAGCUGUCGGUGUUGUGUGCAGAGUGAACGGAUUUUAUAAAGUUGUGGAGUACUCUGAACUGACUGACGAAGCAGCUGAAAGAAGGAAUCCAGACGGUAAACUAACAUUUUCCGCUGGAAACAUCUGUAACCACUAUUUCUCUUCCGAAUUCCUGGAAAACAUAUGCAAUUAUGAGUCCAAAUUGAAACUCCACGUCGCCAAGAAGAAGAUACCUUACGUCGAUGAUAACGGUAUUAAACAGAAGCCAUCCGAACCAAAUGGAAUUAAGAUGGAAAAGUUCAUUUUUGACGUGUUUGAAUUCGCCAAAAACUUUAUUUGUCUGGAAGUGGCUCGAGAUGUUGAAUUUUCUGCUCUAAAAAAUGCUGAUGCAGCUAAAAAGGAUUGCCCAUCAACUGCUAAGGAAGAUUUGUUGAGGCUACACAGGAAAUAUAUACGUCAAGCCGGUGGGAUUAUAGGGGAUGACGUCAAUGUGGAGAUCUCCCCGUUGCUGUCAUACGGUGGUGAGAACUUGAGAGACUUGGUAGAGCAUGAAGUGUUCACAAUAUCUCCGUACCACCUGAAGAGCAUGCAUGAAUCCAUGAACGGUACAAAUGGUACAAACGGUACAAAUGGAAAACAUUAAUUUGGCCCAAUAUAUCAGAAACUACUUUUUUGUGCCAAGCAUGUUCAUGGAAGAUUUGUCAAUCCAAAUUAUUAAUUAAUAAAACAAAGCAAUAUAGAUCUCUUAUACAAUAUUUUACUCAAGAGGUGUGUAAUUAACCAAGAAGUGAUUAUAUAAAAUGGUAAGUCUACCAUAUGAUUGUUAAUAACAUUUAAAUAAAUAAUUAGGACCAUACACACAUCAUAUCUAGCCCCAAAGUAAAUGUAGCCUGUGUUAUGGGUACUAAGAUUGCUGAUCAACUAAUGGAGAUCAAUUUACCAUGAAUACCAUAAAGAUCUAUGUUCAUCAGACUAAGAGUGUGUACCCUACUUAAUUAUAAUAUCUCUUGCUAAUUUGUUAUUAUCAUAUAAAUAUAUAUACACAUCACAAGCCUCAAAAUAAGUGUGUUAUGGAUACUAAGAUAGCUCAUCAACCUAAGGAUUACUAUAAAGAUCUAUGUUCAUCAGACUAUAAGAGUGUGUACCCUACUUAAUUAAUCUAUGUUCACCAGACUAUAAGAGUGUGUACCCUACUUAAUUAAUCUAUGUUCAUCAGACUAUAAGAGUGUGUACCCUACUUAAUUAAUCUAUGUUCAUCAGACUAUAAGAGUGUCCUACUAUUAUAAUAUCUCCUGCUAAGAUGUACGAAGAACCUGCAAUAGCCAUAUAUACCUUAUUUUACUCUCCUCCUAUAGUCUACUCUAGGUAACUCCUACCCUAAAUACAAUGAAGGCAGGUUUCAAGGAUCUAGAGUCUAGACCCUCAACCGACCGAGUGAAAGUAUAUUAUUAUUUUUAUCACCAUUUUAUGAGAAAAUAUGUCACCAAUCUCCGUUCAAAUAGUGACAACCCCUCAAAAAAUCAAUAUAGAGUUAUCUGGUGAAUUAAGACAUAUAGAAAAUAACAAAAAGUUUAUCUAUACUAAUAUUUUAAACAGGUAAAUAAUAAAAUUAAUUUGUUAAAUAUGUACAGUUUCAUCACAUGUCUAUUAAUGAUUUUUAAUCAUUAUUAAUUAAUCAUUAUCUUGCCUAAUGUACCCAUUGUACAUUAACAUUACUGUUAUCAUCACAAUCAUUAUUAUUACUAUUAUUGUAAUGAGGCCAUUUAAUUUUUUGUGUAUACAUCACAGAAUAAAGAAUGCCCAGAAUGAGUUUACAAGCAGCACGGUAAAGUCGGAGAAAUCUGUAAAAAAAAUUUUGAAUUUUGUAUUUGGAACGGCUUGUGUUCUGUGCUCUAUUAUUCUUAAUCUGUGAUUUACAUGUUAUGUAUAUGAAUGUGAAUAUCUAAACAUAUUCACACUGGUUGUGCAGUGCUGAUACUGAAAUUAGAGAUGUGAAGUCACUGAAAGUGACAUAGACAAUACAAAUGCAUUGAAUAUGUUGAAGUAGAUUUUUUUUGUUGUAGCAUUUUGAAUUUUUUUUUUUAUUCUUUUAACUAUUUUAAUGUAACUUGUAAAGUUUUAUUGCUGUUGUAGCAUUUUGAAUUUUUUUUAUUGUUUUAACCACAGAUAUAAGAAAAGCGUUAGCUUUCAGCGUCUGUUCCGUGGUUUUAACUAUUUUUUUUUAUUAAUGUAACUUGUAAAGCAGGUUUUAAUAGAUAUAUAUUAUUUUAAAUAUACAAUGCAUAUGUAUCUCAAUUAAUCAAUCUGUAUUUUACCAUACAUUAUUCAUAUCAAAAGUUUCUUUUUUGGUCUGCUGUAUAUUUUUUAGGUUUUUUUUUUUGUAAAUAGUUAUAAUAAAAUUAUAUUUUGAAUAAUUUCUAUGAUUUAUCAAUUGUUUCAAAAGAAAAAUUGUAUAUUUUUUUGUAUAUUAAUAAGUACCUGAUUUAGCAAAUUAAAAGACACGCCGUUUACAUUUUUGGCGGAUUAUUUUAAAGAGCAAUGUAAUUAUUAAAAUGCACUGUAUUAUAAAAAAAUGCAAUAAAAAUUAUUUUGUAAAAAUGCAAUAAAUGUAUUCUAAGUCAAUAAAAAACCAAACUAAACUAAUUUAAUUUAACAAAAAUGUUAAACUUUGACGGACUCCGUGGCGCAGUGGUAUGCGCGGUGGAUUUACGAGACGGAGGUCCUGGGUUCGAUCCCCGGCUGGGCCGAUUGAGGUUUUCUUAAUUGGUCCAGGUCUGGCUGGUGGGAGGCCGUAGCUAGUUACCACCCUACCAGCAAAGAUUUAGCGUUCCGGUACGAUGCCGUGUAGAAACCGGACAGAGUGUGGAUUUACAUCCUCCUCCUAACAAGUUAGCCCGCUUCCAUCUUAGAUUGCAUCAUCACUUACCAUCAGCUGAGAUGUAGUCAAGGGCUAACUUGUAAAUUAAAAAAAAAACUAAUGUUCUAUGUAUUUUUUUUGUUUAUAUUACAGUAAUUAGUUCUAAAAAAAAAACAAACUAUAGCCUGUAUGUUAGGCCUAUAAGCCAGCCCGUAGCCUAUAGCCUUGGCCUUCGUUAUCGUCAUUUUAUAGCAGAAAUAUUAUUCAGAAUAUCCAGAAUCUACUAAAAAAUUUUUUAGUAGAUUCUGGAUCUACGAAACAGUUUUUCAUAACUGGCAAAAUUUAUUGAAGACUAGCGGACGCCCGCGAAUUCGUCUGCGUGAAACUCGAUGUAAACUUUCAACUAUCCCUACCCAACUCUACCCCUACCCUACCCUACCCCUACCCCUUACUUUUCCUGAAUUUUCUUUGCUAUAAACCUCACGGAGCCCGAGACCUUUCCAACGAAUGCAAAACCGUGGAAAUCGGGUCGUGCGUUCUGGAGUUAUAGCGUCAGGAAGGAAAACCCGACUUAUAUAGUAGAUUAUUUUUUGUGUUCUGUUAUUUUAUCGCACCAUCACAAUUAUUUUAUACAUUAUUAUAUUAUAUUCUAUGUGUAGUAUGUACAGAGGACUGGUGUAUAUAAUAAUUAAAAAACCAAAUCUAUUAUUAUACAGGGUGCCCGGGAGUAUGUGCCGCCAAGCAAUUUAGCGUUCCGGUACGAUGCCGUGUAGAAACCGAAAGGGGUGUGGAUUUUCAUCCUCCUCCUAACAAGUUAGCCCGCUUCCAUCUUAGACUGCAUCAUCACUUACCAUCAGGUGAGAUUGUAGUCAAGGGCUAACUUGUAAAGAAUAAAAAAGAAAAAAAAAUGUGUCAUAACUUCAAGGUGUUGACAAGUCCACUUAAAUAAAGGAGCUGAACUGCAUAGCCAAUUUUUUUUUAACUAAAAAAAACAUGUUUUCAUACAAAGUAAUUCAAAUAAUUCUGACUAUCCAUGUAACACACGCCUUUAUCUAUCCUUGCAUUUUAAAAUACGUAAUCGUAGUGGUAAGACUGUCGAUAUCAACUGGCACUCUGCACUUCAUUAGUAAGCUACUUCAUGAUAUUUAUCAAUGAAUAUGUUUGGCUAGGUCAUAAUAUAAGGGACACAAAUUAAGAUAUAUUUACAAAAGAAAUAUAUUUUACUCCGAAAAUAUUCAUUUUAAAACGCAUGUUCCUCAGACAUUUUUAAUUAAUUUUCUAUAAAGAAUAUAACCCUAGAGUUAUGGGAACUACUCCCGAGCAGCCUGUAUUUAUAGUUGAGCCAAUGUUUAUUAUAAAAUUAUAUCCCUGUAUUGUAUUAAGUUAGUUUUUAUUAUUUUAUUUUUUUUAUUAUUUUAAAUUUCAAAAUGUAUCUCAUCAUUUUUAACCGACUUCUAAAAAGGAGGAGGUUCUACGUUCGGCUGUAUGUAUGUUUUUUUUUAAUUUGUAUACUUACUAACAAAUAUAUAUUUUUUAAAUUUCUAUACUUUGCUGGAUUGACUUAGUAAAACCUUUUAUCCUCAGAAAUUAAAAAUGUGUUCAUACAACCAUUCUAAAAAGUUAAACUGGUGGGAGGGUUUUGCUCGUGGCUAGUUAUCUAUAAAUACGUACCUACAAAUUUUCAUUUAGCGUUCCGGUACGAUGUCUUGUGGAUUUUAUCCUACUCCUAACAAUCCUUCCAUCACAUAUUGCAUUAUCACUUACCAUCAGGUAAGAUUGUAGUCAAGUACUUGUAAAUACUGAAUAAAAAAAACUGAGAAGUUAAAUUGGGGUUUCCAAUACAAAACAAUAUGCUUUUCUUAAAAAAUAAUAUAAAAAGAGCUUAUUUGAUUUUUAAUUUUAUUGAUUUAUUAUUAUUAUUGAAUAGAUAUCUAAUAUAAUUAAUAUACAUAUAGAGCUAAUUUCAAUAAAUUGCAAGUUAUUUGUAAUAAUUAAAUGAAUUAUUGUACUUAAAUCUUUUAGUGAUAUAUUUUAGCUAGAUUUAUAAUUAAAAUGAGAUUAUGUUAUUUUAUAAUAUGUUCCUUAUUCAUAAAUAUAAUUUUAAUUAUUUUUAAUUA